CCGCUGCGGGCUGGAGUUGCGGAACCUCCUGCUUAUGUUAGUCGGCCUCCAAAAGCAUCCUCUGCUCUCUUUCCGGAAGGGAAAAACCUCCCUGCCAGUCGGGUCACGGGGAGAGAGCUCAACCUGGCUGUGGCCGCGCUGUCUGUGAAUUUCGGCGUGUUCGGCGAGCGCGGGGUGACAUUUGCCUCAGCUCCGUCCCCUCCUCGCCCCUCCUGGUGCGGGAGAGAUUAUUUAACCUGUGACUUUUACCCUGCCGUUGGGCAGGGUUUGCUACGUUAUAUUCAGGUGCAUAAAGCUGGACUGAUUAUUUACUAUCUUUGUGACCCUCCUCCUUGCUGAAUGCAGCUAUAAUUUUAAUCACUUAUCUGUAGUUUUUUUGAAUUUCACACAAAGUGUGAUCAUCUGCCAGUUUCAGCGUUUUCUUUUUUUAUUCCUUGUACCUGCACUUGCCAGGAACUUCAGUUCAAUGUAGAACAGCAUGUAAUUUGCAUCCUUGCCUUGUUCCUGAUCCCAGAAAGAAUUAUUCUACCGUUUCACCAUUAAAUAGGAUGUUUGCUCUAGGUGUUUGUAGAUAAUAUAUAUAUUUUUCUAAUUAAAGUCAAUUCCCUUUUAGUCCUAGUGGGUUAAAUUAUCAUCACAAUGGAUAUCGAUAGGAAUAAGUCACUAUUUUGUAUCUAAGAGGAUAUGCUCUUUUUCUGUUAAUGUGAUGAAUUAUAUUAAUCUAUGAUUCCAUUUUUAACCCCCUUCCUAGGAGGAAAUGAAAUUAGUUUGCGAUUACUAUCCUCAUUUUUCAUUUCUCGACUGUACUAAUAUUUUGCACUUAUGUGUAUGAAUGAGAGCUUUCAUAUUUUUUUUGAGUUGGGCUUUUCUGGUCUUGGAAACACUCAGGAAAAAGUCCUCCCUCCCCCCAUAGAAUUAUGAAUCCUUACUUAUUUAGUGAACUUACCUGUAAAACAGUUAGUAACUUCUGUUUCUUUUGUGGGCAUGAUUUAAACUACUGACUUUUUUCUCUAAUGACUGGAUGUAAUCAGAUUUGUAUUUAUUUUAGAUCAUUGCUGGAAAGUUGUACUUCUCUCUAGAAAUUCAUCCAUUGUGCAUUUUCAUAACUUGUCUUAAUUUUUUUGUUAUAUGCUCCGUGUAACAUCUGUAAUUAUGACCCAUUCAUAGCUCUUUUUGUCUUCGCUCUGUUGUUCUUAAAGAAAAUUGCUUAGUAUUUGUCAAUUUCAUUAGUUUUCAAAGGACACAUUGUUAAUUAUUCUGAUUCUGUUUUUUAAAUAUUUUAAAUAUUAUUUUGUCUUAUUUUCAUUUUUGUAAACCUUUAUGCUAUUAUUUUUCCAACCUUUAGGUCAGUGGUUAGCCCGUUGAUGCUAUUUUUUCUUCUCUGGGAGUUGAUGAUAUUUAUAAAUAUAUAAACGUAUAUACACUCCAGCUGUGGGUUCCCAUUAUUAUCUGAAACAGUUCUUUUAAUUUUCUGCUUCUACCCUACCACACAACUAGUCCUGAGACGCUAAAGAUAAAUUAUGUGUGCCUCCUUGUCCCUAAAAUGUGCUGCAUUUCUGUAUGGCAUAUACCACUACCUGAUAUAUUUUGUUUAUUUACUGUCCUCCCUCAAAACAAUGUAACAUCCACAUGCUUCAGAAUUAUUCUGUUUUGUUUAGCAGUGUACCCCUGUGACUGCAUGUGGUACGAUCAGGGUAAAUAUUACCUAAAUAGAUAUGAAAUGAAGGAGCCGGAGGUAAGGGCCUUAAGGGAAGCAUCCUUGCUCAAGACAUAGGGCUUAAUCAAGAGGAGCUGCAAAAUAAAACAUUCGAGUAGAACACUUCAUUUGUCUACUCUUUAAAGAGCCCAGCAGAGUUUUAGGCCAGACUGUGGUAAUGUUAGGGAAUGCGGGCCUCAUUAACAACUAAAUUCUAAAGUUUAUGUUCAGAAAUAUACUCACUGGGCUUUUACGCUUUGAAGACAGAUAGACCUGCAUUCACACAUCUGUAUAUGUAAGACAUCCUGAGUUACAUACAUCUCAGCAGCUUUCUAAUUGGAUAACAUUGAGUGUGUGGUUCAUUGACUCUUUCUAAGAUUUCUCAACUAUAAACUGGUUGUAAUGAUAUCUGAUUUGCAGAGUUUCUAGGAAAUGAAUAAUCUCUUUGCAAAGGUAUGGACAUCACUCUGCAAAGUCGUUCUAACAUUCAUGGUUGCUCAAAUGGCACACGUUGUUAUUAAUAUAGCAAAGAAUGUUACAGUUUUUAUUCGCUUUAAAAUACACUGCUUGAUCCAUUGCAGUGGAAGAAACUGUUGCAUUUUUCUUAUUUGAAAUGUGUGCUACAGUGCUGCGCUGUCACUCUCAGAGAUGAUACAUUUGCUAACUUCAAGUAUUCUUUUUCUGCUGCUGCUGUACUGUACAGGCAAAGUUUAACAUGAGAAUUAGAGCAUGCCUCCUGCAUGUGGAAUUCAGUCAGUUGAGGCUCUUUUCUCAAAAACCGGGUUUCAGGGACUGCAGCCCAUGGAGGGGAGGGUCCAAUGGUUAGUAGAUGAGCAUUAAAGCCUGUUAGCCUGCUAAGGGGAGCAGAAGUAAGAAAUAUUGGGAGGAGAGCUGCCAGAAGUCUGGCAUAUAAGUCAGUGCUUUCUUAGAUUUGAGACAGAAUUUAUAUUCUUACGGUUGAAGGCACUGUCUGAUACUUUUUAUGCUUUUCCUUAUCCUGGGCAAAUGGUCAGCUAAACUUUAAGACUUCAGUUAAUUUAUAAACUGGGACUUUUAACCUCUUUUUUUAAUGAUCCGCAAGGACCAGAACACUGUUUUCCAGCUCUAGAGGAGAAAAGAUUGUUCCACCUUCCUACAAGAUCAGUUUCUUUGCUCGUGUGUCUUGUGAGUAUGCGUGUACAUGUUUGUGUGUGUUUUUUGAGGGGAUUGGUCACUCGUAAUGGAUGUGCUGCAUUAUCCAGGCUGAUGAGUGUGGGAAUUGUGGGGAGACGUGGAUUCUCAUGUCUUCUUUCCGCCCCAGCUCUAACUUCUCAAUACCCUGCCUUUGUUCAUGAAGGGACCAUGGAGGAAGAAAGAACAGCUGCUGAAUCACGGAAAAAUAUGGACUCAGUGGUCUUUGAGGAUGUGGCUGUGGACUUCACUCAGGAGGAGUGGGAUUUGCUGAAUCUUGCUCAGAGGAACCUCUACAGAGAUGUGAUGCUGGAAAACUUGCAGAACCUGGCCUCACUAGGAUAUCCACUGCACACACCCUGUUUGAUCUCCCAUUGGAAACAAGAGGAGGACCUGGAGAGAGUGAAGAGAGGACCUAUCCAGGGGGAGCAUCAGGAAGGUUUUGAGACCCAACUUAAAACUAAUGAAUCAGUCACUCCACAAAAUAUUUAUGGAGAAAAAACAUCCAAGGAACAGAAAACAGUAAGAUUCAAAAGGAAUGAUUCCUGGUCAUCCAUUUUGCACAAAAACUGGGAAUACCAUGCUAUUGAUUAUCUGAACAAAAAUCAUGAGAGACAUUUGAGAAGUCAUGUGGUCGAGAACAUCUAUGAAUGCAAUGAAGAAAAUCAGUGUGGACAAACCUUCAGCCAAAUUCCAAAUCUUAAUAUACUCAAGAGAACUGAAGUAAAAUCCUAUGAAUGCCAUGAGUGUAAAAAGGCCUUCACAGAUCAUUCAUCCCUUAAGAAUCACAUCAGGUCUCACACUGGAAGCAAACCCUAUCAAUGUAAGGAAUGUGGGAAAGCUUUCCAUUUUCUCGCUUGUUUUAAGAAACAUGUGAAAACUCCCACUGAAGAGAAACCCUAUGAAUGUAAAGAAUGUACCAAAGCCUUCAGUUGUUCUUCAUUCUAUCGGGCACAUAUGAAGAUUCACACCGGAAAGACAAAUUAUGAAUGUAAAGAAUGUGGGAAAACCUUUAGCUGUUCUUCGUCCCUCACAGAACACAAAAGAAUUCAUAGUGGAGAUAAGCCUUAUGAAUGUAAGGAAUGUGGGAAGGCCUUUAGUUGUUCCUCCUCACUCUCCAAACACAAAAGAAUUCAUAGUGGAGAUAAGCCAUAUGAAUGUAAGGAGUGUGGGAAGGCCUUUAGUUCUUCCUCUCAUCUUAUAAUACAUAUAAGAAUUCAUACUGGAGAGAAGCCUUAUGAAUGUAAAGAGUGUGGGAAGGCCUUCAGCGAGUCCUCAAAACUCACUGUACAUGUCCGAACACAUACAGGAGAGAAACCCUACAAAUGUAAGGAAUGUGGGAAAGCCUACAACUGUCCCUCCUCAUUAAGUAUCCAUAUGAGAAAACACACUGGAGAGAAACCCUACGAAUGUCUGGAGUGUGGAAAAGCCUUUUAUCUCCCUACUUCCCUUAAUACGCAUGUGAAAAAUCAAAGUAGAGAGAAACCCUAUGAGUGUAAGGAAUGUGGAAAAGCAUUUAGUUGUCCUUCAUCCUUUAGAGCACAUGUGAAAGAUCACACUGGAAAGAUACAAUAUGAAUGUAAGGAAUGUGGGAAGGCCUUUAGUCGUUCCUCAUCCCUCACUGAACACUUGAGAACUCACAGUGGAGAGAAGCCUUAUGAAUGUAAGGAAUGUGGGAAAGCGUUUAUUAGUUCCUCCCACCUUACAGUACAUAUAAGAACUCACACUGGAGAGAAACCUUAUGAAUGUAAGAAAUGUGGGAAAGCCUUUAUUUAUCCUUCAGCCCUUAGGAUCCAUAUGAGAACACACACUGGGGAGAAACCCUAUGAAUGUAAGGAAUGUGGGAAAGCCUUUCGCCAUUCUUCAUACCUUACUGUACAUGCAAGAAUGCACACCGGAGAGAAACCCUUUGAAUGUCUGGAAUGUGGGAAAGCCUUCAGUUGUCCCUCAUCCUUUCGAAGACAUGUCAGAAGCCACACUGGAGAGAAACCGUAUGAAUGUAAGGAAUGUGGGAAAGCCUUUGUUUGUCCUGCCUACUUUCGAAGACAUCUGAAAACUCACUCUAGAGAAAACAUGUAAGGAAUAUGGGAAUGUCUGCAAAACUUUUUCAAACCUUAGGUAACAUGUGAGAUCUCACACUGUGGAGACACCCUAUGAAUGUAAGAGAGUAGGAAAUUGUCGUUCAUCUUCUUGAAGACUUUGGAGAACUUACAACUGAGAGGAACCCUGUGUAUGUAAACCAUGUGGUGAUGCCUUCGUGAACAUCUCUUACUGUGUGUAAGAAAAUUCAUACUAGAAGCAAAGACCAGUGCCUCAUCCUUAAAGUGGACUGCUGGCUCAUUGAUUUUCAGUUUUUAUUUUCUGAUAUGAAUAUUUAAGGUGAUAAAUUUCCCUCUAAUACCUUUUCAGCUCCAGCCACAUAUGUUUUAUUAUAGAGUGCCUUUAUUUUGGUUCAGAUGUAAAUGUUAUUUCCAUUACAAAGUCUUUUGGACCCAUGGGGCAUUUGAAAUAUAUUUUUUCAUAUGUAGGCAAGAGUGGUCCUUUUUAAAUUUAGCUUCUAAUUGAUUCUUAUUGUGUCCGGUGAUUAUGAUGUGACACUUUGGUAUUUGUAAUUACUUUUUCAUCUAGUAUGGCAGUUACUGAAAAUUGCCUACCCAGUAUUUUUUCCCCUUCUUAUUAGUAAGAGAACUUAAAGUUUUUGAGGUUAUCAGCUUUUACUAUUGAAAGCUUUUCCUGUCUAAUAAGUAAUUUCAGCAGAGGUUAAUAGUGCAAAGGUCUUGAAAGAAGAGUCUCAUCUGAUAAGCUGUUUUUGUAUUUUGUUAUUUGUCCUUGCUUGUGGCUGGGAAUUGGACCCAAUGUUUGAGUUUUAAAAAAAGACCUUGUGACAAGAAUGCUAGAAGUGAAGUUGGUUGGGCUGGCUUAACUUGUGUUAAUUUGGGCAUGGCUGGGACUACAUUUCCCAGAAUCACUUCCUUAUCCAGUUCCAGAUUAGACAAUUGGAAGGCAGAGGGAAGAAGUUGUUGAGUGGGGCCAUGAGACAGGGAGACAGAUGCAUAGGGGGCCUGGUGGGCUCCAGUUUCCAGCUCAUUUUCCUCAUUAUUGGACCCCACUGAUCAAUACAACAGGACAUAAGUGCUUGGCUUUAGUUACCUCAGAGGCAACGGCUCCAUUGACAUCUCUAAAUUAGUCCAUCAUGGGCAUACACAACUUCUUGGAUUAUCUGGCAAGUUCUAGCAUUGUCAUUUUGCUGAUAUUACAGUCCUUUUGGCACAUCAACUGACUCAAGAGUUGGCCUCAGUUUGGAGCAAGUACUGGUGUCAUCUAUGUAGUCCAAUCCCAUCAUGUCACUUUGCUCAUAGGGAAAUACGCAUCUAUACAAGCCCACUUUGAACUCAAAAAGGCAGGGAGAAGAGCUGUGGAGAAUGAGGAAAAUUAAGUAUAAUUGAGGUAAGCAUCAGACAGGGUGUCAUCUCAUUUCAGUGCAGGAAGAUUUAUAUUUGAUACCUUCAAAGAGGGAAGAUUUUAUUACUUUUUUAAUUCAAGAAGAUGAAAGCUAUUUGGUUUGCCCUGCUUCAGGUGCAUCUAGCUACACUUUUUCCUUCCAUUAUGUUUUCCCUUUACUUCUAAAAAUAUAGUUUACCGCUUCCCUUUAAACACCUUUUACUGUUUUAUUAAGGCAUGCAUACACUAAUAUGCAUGCAGUGUGCUAAUCGUAAAUGUGCAGCUUGAUGAAAUUUCACAUAUGCGUACACCCUGAUAAGCAUAGAACAUUUCCACAACUCCGCAAACUUCAUUCAUCUGCCUUCUCAAUAAUUGUUCCAUAGAGGCAACCACAAUUUUGGCUUUUAUUAUAAUUUAUUAUAAUAAUUUAUUAGGUUUGGUUGUUCACUAUAUUCAUAUAAAUAUUAAAAUACAAUAUGUACAGUUAAGUGUUUGGCUUUUCUCAACAUUAAGUUUAGUUUGCCUUUUAGUGUCUUUUGACAGACUUAGACACUUAUUACUCUUGGUGUAUGCUUUGUAUGUAGGAAUGAGAUUACUGAAUCAUAGGGUAGACCUUAUAUUUAUUUUGGUAGGUAUUCUGAUUUUUCAGAAAGUUUGGUUCCACCUAUAAUCCUAAAAGCAAUACGUGAAAGUCCUAAUUGUUCCACACACCUGGCCACCACUUUUUAAUUUGGCAGAGGAUGGGGUAAUGUUUUUGGGUUUGAUUUGCAUUUGCCUGGUAUGUAAUGGUGAAUACUUCUUUAUGUGCUUAUUGGCUGUUUGGAUAUCUUUAAUGAGGGCACCUGUUAAGCAUUUUACCCAUUUUUGGUUCCUUUUUCAUUUGAAGGGUUUCCUUCUGGUUACUUGUCUUUUAUUGUAUGUAUGUGUUUCUCUAUAUCUAAUUACAUACACAUAUGUAUGUAUAAACUCUGUGUUAUAUAUUAUAUAUACAUAAAUUAUAAUACGUAUAUUAUAUAUACAUAUACUGCAGAUAACUUUUCUCAAUCUCUGGCUUAUCUUUUCAUUUUUGUAAGCUAUAAAGGGAAUUUGUUGGUUUGAUUUCUGAAAACUUCUUAGGUAUGACUAGUUUCAAGCAUGUUUAGAUCCUCUGGCUAAAAAGAUGUUUUCUGGAUGAGUUCUGUCUCCAUGUCUUGGUUGUGCAUGUUCUUGUAUUAGUUAUUCUUGGUGGCAGGCUAACUCUCUUUAUAGUGGCCCCAGAAGAUCCAGGCUGCUUUCUUUCCAGGUUGAGGUCUCAGGGAGAAGAGAGUGACUGCCUUUUUGAACAAUUCCAAUAUGAUUGUUAGAAUUGAAUUUGAUUGGCUCACUUGCCAACCAUUAUCCAAUCACUCUGGCCAGAAGAAUGUAAUCCGCUGACUUGUUUAGGACUGGCUCCCAUGCUCAUCUGGAAACCACAGUAGAGUCUGCACCAACUGAAUCAUAAGAGUUCUGACAGUUGUCAUGUAUAUGGAGAGGUGGGGAGGAGGCAGCAGUGUGCAGAGGAGAUCUAGAAAUAGAAGUAGUAGUACUGUGAACUAGCACAUUGUGCUUAUGCUGGGCUUAGCAUUGGGAGGGAACUGUGAAGUCUGGGAACUCAGCCAGGACUAAGUAGUUUUAUAGGUCCUUUCAGAAAGGUUAGAUGUCAUCUGUUAACAUGUCUUUGGAUCGCUAAAGAUGGCUUCUCAGUGUUUAUGUUGCUGUCUAGUGUUUUUGGAAAUCUGGUAACAAGAGCCUUCUGUUUCCUUCUUCAAAAUUGUCUUGCCUUUUCCAUUCCCCAUUUGUUUCUAUAUUAAUUUUAAAAUCUCCGUAUCAGUUUUCACAGAUAAAUCUUCUGGGACUAUGCUUGGAAUUUAAUUAACUUCAUAAAGUAAUCUGAAUAAAAUUUAACAUCUUUACAAUAUUGAGUCUUUCAAUUGAUGAACAUAAUGUAAUAUGUCCAUUUACCUAGGUCAUCUUUAAUUUCUCUUAACAGUGUUUUGUAGUUUUAAUUGUAGAGGUCUUGAAUACCUUUGUUUAGUUUAUUUCUAGAUAUGUGGUAUAUUUUGCUUUAUAAAUAUUUACUUUUUCAAUUUUUUGGGCUAGCACAUAGAAUUGCAAUUGAUUUUAUGCAUUGAUCUUUUAUCCAGUGAUGUUUUUAAAUCCAAUUAUUUAUUCAAAUAGUUUACAGAUAAUUUUGGAUUUUCUGUGUAUACAAUCCUGUCAAUACCAAUAAAAGAAAGUCUUACUUGAUUUCUAAACUUAA